UUCUUCUCUUUAUUUCACAUUCCCAUAUAUAUACAUUCACACAUAUAAUUAUAAGCAAUAAUAUUAAAUGGGGAGGCAGCCAUGCUGUGACAAGCUAGGGGUGAAGAAAGGGCCGUGGACGGCGGAGGAAGACAGGAAGCUCAUAAACUUCAUGCUCACCAACGGCCAUUGUUGCUGGCGAGCUUUGCCAAAGUUGGCCGGUCUCCGCCGCUGUGGAAAGAGCUGCCGCCUCCGGUGGACCAACUAUCUCCGUCCGGACUUGAAGAGAGGCCUUCUCUCUCAUGAUGAGGAACAACUUGUCAUCGACCUUCAUGCUCAUCUAGGCAACAAGUGGUCUAAGAUAGCUUCAAGAUUACCCGGAAGAACAGAUAACGAAAUAAAAAACCAUUGGAAUACUCACAUCAAGAAAAAGCUUGUUAAAAUGGGAAUCGACCCUGUGACCCAUCAACCUCUAAACCAAGAACCAAAUAGUACAGCUAAUCCCAAUAACAUUUCCUCGACUUCAGAUGAUAUCAUCUCUAUGGAACCAAAGACAAGCAGCACCAAAAAGGUAGAGACGAGAACUGGUGCAACUACAGAAGAGGAAAGCAGCAGCACGGUUACUGAUCAGAACAGUUCCAUAGAUAAUGAAAAUCAUCAACUUGGUAACAUUUGUAAUGAUGAAGAAUUGUUUAGUUACUUAUGGUCCGACGAAACUACUAUAGGUCAGGCCUCGUGGAGUGAUAUUAACUAUGGAGUUGAUGGAACAUUAUAUGAAGAUAAUAUUUCCGGCGCCGGAGCAGAUUUUCCGAUGUGGUCACCGGAUAGAAUCAACGGCAAAGAUUGGACAUUUUUAAUGGAUUAUUGCCAAGACUUUGGUGUUCAUGAUUUUGGGUUUUGACUUUUGACUCUUCACCAUGACAUAUUGGAUACUCCACGGAGAUGAGUCACAAGCAUUAAUAGGUGUCAUGUUCUAUGCAUAAACAUAUAUGUACAUUAUAUGUAUUAUAUACGCAUAUAAAUUAAUUAUAAACAUAGUAUCACUGUAGCAAAG